AAUUAUGGAACAAAGAGGAAGAAGAUUAUGGAGCCUUUAACUACAUAAUGCAUAUUAGCAGUUAAUCAUGGGAUUUUCCCACUAAAUAAUGGUUUGUGCUUUUCAAAAAAUACAGUUUUGAUAUUGGAGAAGUUAUUGAUGUGAAGAUCUACGUUUCUCUAUUAGCAGUUAAUCAUGGGAUGUAAUUUGUUGUAUUUAGUGAGGGUAAAAUAAGAUUUCAAUAUUUUGGUGUCCUCCUCUCUUCCCAUAUAGAAUACAGAUACAUUAAAAAAAAAAUGAGUUAAUCAUACAUUGAAAAACAACAAAGACAAAAAGAAACAAUGAGUAAAGCAUACGUUGGAAAAUAAAAAGAUAAAGAAAAAUAGAAGACAAUGGAAAAAAAUAAAAACAAAAACAAAAAAACAAGAGUAUAGUCUUAUAGAGACCACCACAGUAAGUAGGGGCUAAAUGUGUAAAACCAUGGAAACCACCACGAUCGCAUUAAACUGUGAUUCUAUCUCUCUCAUCCAAAUUAUCGGUCGUUUCCAGUUCAAUUCAGUUCAGUUCAAUUCAAUUCAACUCAGUUCAGCUGUUUUAUGCCGAAGAGAACAGGCCCGUAGUAGGAAAAAAUAGGGCGGCGUUUAGCAAAUGAGUUACUUAAUGAUAGAAAGCGGGCAAAUGUUAUUAAGAAAGAAAGAAACAGAAGGAUACAAAAACAGUCUCAUACUAUGAUGGAUCGAGAUGAAAGCCUAUUCUAGCUGUGAAUAGUAGGCUAUAAUAUUAUGGGUCUGGAUAUGAGGAUCAAACUUGGUAACUUUCGUGUAGAUAUGGUCUAAUUUUUAUUGCCUUGGAGUUUUAGCCUCUUUCCUUUAGAAAAAUAAGUUGUAACCAUUUGCUUCAUGUUGGAAUGAGUGUCUGAAAACAGAGGCAUUCGACUUACAUAUCUGGAAAAGUAUUUUGAUUUUAGACUUUCAGUAAUAAGAAUGAGCGAAGAUUCUCCUCCUGUUCCAUGGAAAUGGAGAAAAGUAGCCUAUGGAGGUAUGCAACCGGGUUUUGAUGACAAUCAUACCGAUGACUCCUUUCUCGAGGAUAUGGUCACAAAUGCUAAUGUUGUCAAGAGAGACUUAUGUAAGGUGAUCCUUGAUUCGGUGUCCAUCUCUCAGUAUCUUUGCACUGUCACCCUUGUAGUCUUGGUCUGGGCUUCCACUCUUGCCUCAACAAUUAGUUUUAAAUCUCUCAUACUUCUUGAUGUAGCUCUUCUUGUUUCCGGAUUCAUAGUUCUCCUUUUAACUGCAAGGAUGAUUUCUCUCAAACUGUUCGCCCAAUACAUCCUUAACAUUAUGUAUUUCGCAAUUGGGUUGUAUGCAUUGUCUCCAAUUUACCACACUUUGACAAGGUCCAUUAGCUCAGAUUCCAUCUUGGCUCUAACAACUAUGCUUAUUGUCCUCCAUCUGUUUUUACAUGACUACACCGGUUGCACUGUAAAGGCUCCCGGUUCCGUUUCAAAUCCCAGUUUAAGUAGCAAUAUCUCCUUGAAUGUUUCCAUCAUUGCUUCGGUUUUGAUUGCUUCCCAGCUCCCUUCGAGGCAACUUGUUUUCGCUAUCGUGUUGUUUUCCUUACAGGUUUUCCUUUUCUCUCCUUUCAUUGUGUACUGUAUUAAGAGAUACUCAUUUUCGUUGUAUCUCUCAUUUUCACUGGGUUUGAUGAGUCUUACUCUGGCAUUAGUUUAUAGACUGCAAGGGUUUCUCUUUGGCGUACUGUUAAGUUUGCUGGUUUUUAUCACUUUCAUCUGUCCUUAUUGGCUUACCAGAAUUCAGAAAUACAAGUUUGAAAUUAACGGUCCAUGGGAUGAAGCCAAGCUCUGUUUUGACGUAACCGAUUGAGAUUGGAGUGUACUUGGGGCCAAAAUUGAGCUGUCUUAGCAUUCAUAUCAUUAUGAAAUCGCUUUGUGUCGGAUAAUCAUCUCAAGACUCCUAACAAAUGAUGCUGUUGUAAUUUUAGUUCGCAGAAUCAAUUUUUACUUGGGUGUUUAGAUGAUGUCAGGAGCUCCUAGAACUUUAGUUACCCCGUAAGAGCCGUAGAACAUCUGGAGGACGCAAGAUUUCAGUGAUUAUGCAUGUGCAGAUUUGAUUUAUACUUGUACUUGUAAUUUGUAAUAUUACUAGUUUUUAUUACGGGAAGAAAGGUACUUGGGGCGCCGCAUUUUGUUGGAAUAGUAAUAUAGAAGAGCUGUUUUUUUUAGUGAA